AUGUCUACCGGCUCUGUUCUCGUCACCGGUGGUACGGGCUACAUUGGCUCCUUCACCACCCUCGCCCUGCUGGAGGCGGGCUACAAGGUGGUUGUGGCCGACAACUUGUACAACUCGUCGGCGGAGGCCCUGCGCCGCAUCGAGCUGAUCUGCGGGAAGAAGGCCGAGUUCGCGCAGCUGGACGUGACGGACGAGGCCGCGUUUGACCGCGUGUUCGAGGCGCACCCGGACAUCGACAGUGUCAUCCAUUUCGCGGCGCUCAAGGCCGUGGGGGAGUCUGGCGAGCGCCCGCUGGACUAUUACCAGGUCAACGUCUACGGCACCAUCUGCCUGCUGCGCUCCAUGGUGCGCCACAAUGUCACCAACAUUGUCUUCUCCAGCUCGGCCACCGUCUACGGCGACGCCACCCGCUUCCCGGACAUGAUCCCCAUCCCCGAGCACUGUCCUCUGGGGCCGACAAACCCGUACGGGAACACCAAGUUUGCCGUCGAGACCGCCAUCACCGACGUCAUCAACGCCCAGCGCAACAAUGCCAUCAAGGCCGGCAACGCCGCCGAGGCCGAGAAGUGGAACGGUGCCCUGCUGCGCUACUUCAACCCUGCCGGUGCCCAUCCUAGCGGCAUCAUGGGUGAGGACCCCCAGGGUGUCCCUUACAACCUGCUCCCUCUGCUGGCGCAGGUCGCCACGGGCAAGCGGGAGAAGCUGCUCGUGUUUGGCGAUGAUUAUGCCUCUCACGACGGUACCGCCAUCCGCGACUACAUCCACAUCCUUGAUCUGGCGGACGGCCACCUCAAGGCGCUCAACUACCUGCGCGCCAAAAACCCGGGUGUGCGUGCCUGGAACCUGGGCACGGGUAAGGGCAGCACCGUCUACGAGAUGAUCCGCGCCUUCUCUGCCGCCGUGGGACGGGACCUCCCCUACACUGUGGCCCCCCGCCGCGCGGGCGACGUCCUCAACCUGACUGCCAACCCUACGCGGGCCAACGAAGAGCUCGGCUGGAAGGCCGAGCGUACCCUCGAGCAGGCGUGUGAGGAUCUGUGGCUCUGGACCGAGAACAACCCGGAGGGAUACAGACAGCAGCCGCCGGCGACCUUGCUGGAGAAGCUGAAGCAGUGA